AUGGAACUAAGUAACAGAUAUCAUAUCGUUGACCAUCCUUCAAUGGAUGAUCCCAUGUUGGAUGAGGGAUAUACAAGAAAAUUUGGAGCAUAUAAGCCGAAAUUUCAAGGAUCCCUGCCAGGAUAUUAUCCCUUUGAGUUCAAGGAUUAUAUAUACGUGAUCCUAUUCACCCUGGUAACUUGUGGAGCAUGCCUUCCAAUUUGGUAUGGUCUUGUUGAGGGAGCCAAGGCCAAUUCCAUGCAAUUUAGCAUCAUAAGUGCUGUGAUUUUUUUCGGCUUUUACUUUGUAUAAGCCUUGGCCACCUAUUAUGGAGGAAGGUUGAAGAAGGUUGUUGAGAAUAAGAUGAUUUAAGACAAGUUGAUAGAAAUGGAGAAAAAAGAAGCUGAAAAAUAAAAACUAUUGGCAGCCAUUUGA